AUGAGUAACAAAGCAAGCAUCGCAAACAUUCUCAACACCGAUACGUCCAAUGCUUCCUAUCAUUCGGAUCAUAAAUCGUUCGGGCCAAACAACAAUCGAUCAAGUCAAACUUUACCUGCUAUAAGUGAUGUUUUCUCGGUUGUUCCUAUUAGUUAUCCUGGUGGUCCGCAAAUUCAAUUAGUCCCUAAUGGUGAUUUGGCAAAUUUUAAUCGAGCAAAUUCAAUGAUUUUAAAUCAUGAAGUUUUGGAUGCAAUGUCCAUGAAGACUGCUGCAGCUGCAGAAGCUUAUAAUAUGGCUGCAGAUUCUUGGAGACGUGCCUCACAAACUUUAUUCGAAUAUGAAAGUAGUUUUGAAAAUCAAAAGCCAAAGAGAAAAUAUAAAAAAAAAUUAUCCUCAGAUUCUGACGCCGAUAAUAGUGUUUUACAACCUCAUGACAGACUUAAACGACCGAGAAACGGUUAUAUGAUUUUCAUGAACGAAGUAUAUGAAGAGACAAAGGCAAAAAAUCCGAGGAUGAAGUUUGGUGAAAUUUCUGCUGCUAUUGGUGCUAGGUGGAAAAACAUGUCUAAAAGAGAAAAAAUGCCUUAUCAUAAAAAACAUGAGGACGAAAAGGCGAUGUAUGAAAGUGCGAAGCUUGCGAUGUCAAAGAGUAACUUAUGUAUCGUUGAAGAAAAAAUUCCUAUUCAAAUUGAACAAAAGGCUUCUCAAAAAGCUGCUCAAAAAGCUUCUCAGAAAGCUUCUUCAAAAUCCCAUCCACCUCAACUACUAACUCCAAAAUCUCCUGCCGCAACUUUGAAGACCCCAAAAUCUUCACCUCCGGUUAUUAAUAAUAAAUCACAAAUGGUUAAAAGUACACCUGAUGGUUUUCCAGGUGAUAAUAUCAUUUCCCCUUCUCCAUCUAACGGACCUAAUGUGCCAUUAUUAUCAACUCCGUUAACUCCUACCGCUCCUCCGUUACCAUCAAUGAUUAGGAAAUUUCCUUUAAACAAACCUGAUAAUACAAAAAUGUUAGAUUUUCCGUAUCGAUCAGGUUAUAUAAAUAGGCAACAAAAUAUCCGACAGUCGGGUGGUAUCAUUAGUCCUACUCCGGAUAUUACCAUUAUGAAUCCUCAAUCACCUAGGAACCCUCAAAAUAAUGCUAUUCGUAUCGUGAGGCCCGAUAUAGAUUCAAUUUCUAAGAAUCAAUCUUAUAAUAAGGGGAAAAAAGUUGAUACCGAUUUUAAUAAAUUACCAAAUUCAAAAAAAAAAAAGACCGUUGGGACUUCACAACUACCACAAGAAAUGAAUUUGAAUCGAGGUGAUAAAAAAAGAGUAAAACUUAAUCAUGAUGAAUUUAAGGUAUCAACUACAUCUACACUUAAUUCAUCAAAAUCUUCACGAGAUGAAAAAGAUAUAGAAACGAAUUUGAAUGUAAAUGUAAACAUAGAUGGAGAAAUAGAUGAUAUUUCAACACACGAUGAAGCAUUUUAUUCCGCUGAAGAAGAUAAUGAAUUCACCGAAAAAACUGAAAAACCUUCAUCAGUUGAUGUUAAUGCUAAAGGUGAUGAAAAGUCUAUUGUUAAAGAUUCUGGUGAAACAAUUAAAACUAAAGACCGUCCAUCCGACGUUUUUCCUUCAACAU